AUGGGGCAGGGAGCCGAGCAGCAGCAGGGGUUUGGCACACAACAGGCUAGCACUCAGAGCUCCUGCCAGGCAACCUUCUCUGUGCCCAUGAGCUGUAAGCCCACUGUAUGUGUGUGUAAGACUGCUGUCUGUGUGCCCGUGAACUGCAAGCCAACUGUGUGCGUGGCCCCUUCCUACCAGUCCUCCUGCUGCUGCCAGCCAACCUUCUGUACCUCCCUUGUCUGCACACCUGUCACCUGCAGCACCCCUACGUGCUGCUAA